AUGUCUACAUCAACCAAUUUCUACGCCAACCGCGACAAUCUCUUCGUCCUUCCCAGCGCGCCUGAGAAUGUUUCAGAGCCCAUCAAGGCCCCCGCCAUAACCUUCCUCUGGGACUGCCACAACAAUAGCGUCAUCAUCCCGCGUUCUCGGGACGAACUCGUCGCCAACCCUAGCCUUCCCAGCUGUGACACCAUCAGCAUACGCACUCUCUUCAAUCGGCACGAGCUCCACUUUGACGUCUUCAAUCCCGGCCUCAUUAACAUCCGCGAAAAGGCCAUAAACCUACCUCGCGGGACAAGGGCUGUGAGGAAGUGGGAAGAGGAUAGCACGCCAGUGCCGGAAAAGGUGCAUGAGACACUACAGUGUCCAAUCUGCAUUGAUGGCAUGAAGCCAGAAGUGGUGUUCCGCGGGUGCUGCCAUGCAUUCUGUACUGAAUGCACAGUGUCACUAGGUUCUAGCUCUGCCGCGAAGAGGGAGGGGGAAUUCGCAUGUCCGUUGUGCAGAACGGCGGUGAGAGAGUUGGCGGCGGUGAUCCCGGAUGGCGUCAAUCGUGGGGACUCGGGGUACCAUAUCAAGUAUGACGAGGAGACCUUUGCGAAGUUGAACUGGAUGGAGUUGAACCCAUGGAUGUUGAGGGUUAAAGGUUACAAGAAGUUGAAUGUUGAUGACCUUUUGGUGGUGAGGUUGAAAGAGGACGGCGGGAUGGAGGUGAAGCACUUAUCGGGAUGGGAGAAGGAUAUUGAGGUGCCGUUUGAGAGCAAGCCGAUGGGGAUGGCGAUAGUGACUUGGGUGCUGGUGUGUUUUACGAAGAUGGUCGCGAUGGAUAUGCCGAUGCAGAGCUAG